AUGGAAGUUGUUAGUGGUCGUCUCCUUUUGCUCUUGAUUUUAUAUGUGUAUGGUGUACAUGGUAAUUCUAGAGUUGAUGUUAAGCACUUUGGAUUGCAUAAAACUUACCGAAAUGCUCAGCCUUUAUCACCUACUUUUGGAAUUGAUAUCCUCAAUCGUACUAGUUUUCCUGAAGGUUUUGUUUUUGGGACUGCAACUUCUUCAUACCAGGUUGAAGGAGGAUGGAAUUCUGACGGUAAAGGUCUCAGCAAUUGGGAUUAUUUUUCACACAAAUAUCCAGCCGACUCUUACCACAAGUAUAAGGAAGAUGUCAAACUUUUGAAGGAAAUGAAUACGGAUUCGUACCGCUUCUCUAUCUCUUGGUCAAGACUUAUACCUACCGGCAAGAUUAACAAAGGCAUAAAUAAAAGAGGAAUUCAAUAUUAUAAUAAUCUCAUCGACGAACUUAUUGCUAAUGGUACAAAAGAUUAUCUAGACUUUGUGAAUUUGUGCUUUGAGAGAUUUGGCGAUAGAAUAAAACUCUGGAUCACAUUCAACGAUCCAUAUAGUUAUAGUAACUUUGGCUAUGAUAAUGGGCUAAGCGUUCUGGGAGAUUCAUGCACCGAGCCUUAUACUGUAUCUCAUCACCAACACUUGGCUCAUGCAUAUGCAGUUCAAUUGUACAGAACCAAAUAUCAGGCUCAGCAGAAAGGUAUCAUUGGAAUGACAAAUGUUUGUAACUGGAUGGUGCCAAUGACUAAUUCAUCUCUUGAUAUGCGAGCAGCUAAGCGUUCUCUAGAUUUUAUGUAUGGAUGGUUUAUGAAUCCUUUAGUAUAUGGUGAUUAUCCAAAAAUAAUGAAAGCUAUCGUCGGCAAUCAUCUUCCAAAAUUUACACAUGAAGAAUCGAAGUUGCUGAAGGGAUCCUAUGAUUUUCAUGGAGUGAAUUAUUACACUGUCAUGUGUGCUUCUCAUCCCAGUAACCCUCCUAAUAAAACCCACGCCAGAUAUAUUACUGAUUAUCUAGCUGAUCUUACAGCAACCCGUCAAGGUAUACUUAUUGGAGAAGAGGCAGGAUCAAAUUGGCUUCAUUCCUACCCAAAAGGACUUUGGCAUCUUCUCCUCUAUGUACAACGAAAAAAUAAUAAUCCAGCUAUUUACAUUACAGAAAAUGGUAAACUUCUCUAA